UGAGUGGAAACUCACCUUUAGACAUGAAUUGGGAUAAUUAUUUUAAAAACUAAAAUGAUUAAACUUUAAUAAUAUGUUUCUUUUGAUAACAAUUGUGAACAUUGUAUAUGGAUUUGUUGGUAUCCAAAACUUAGUUUCACUUGCCUUAGUAAAUGUUUAAGAAAUGCAUUUUUUUAAUCUAUAUCAUUUUUUUUUUAAUACAUGAAAUUUGGAAGGUGCGUAGAAAAGUUAACACAUUUUCUACGCACUUUCCAAAAUUUAACCAAUUUAUUUUUUGCAGCACAUACCCUAUUUUUUGCAGCAGUUUUGAUACCUAAAAUUCAUUUUUCCUCCUUGGAUAUUACAGAAUAUUAGAGACAGAAUAUUAGUUCAUGUUUUUUAGAUAAUUAUAUCAAUUUGAUUAUAUUUAGUUAAAUAAAAUGAGUAAAGAAAUUAGUUGUGAGCAGAAAGAUGAACUUCUUCAAAGUUUAGAUCAAUUAGAGAAAACAUUGAUUGUUUGCAUGGUCUGUAAUGUAUUAUAUUGUUUUUAUAUAGAUCAAUUAAAGAAAACAUUGAAUGAUUUGAAGCAACUCUUUGUGCCUCCCUCUGCUAACACUGCUUUAGUUGUGUCUUCUUCUGCUGCCACUGUUGUGUCUCCUUCUGCUACCAAUUCUUUAGUUGUGGCUCCUGCUUCCACUGCUUUAGUUGUGAAUUCCGCUGCCACUGAACUAACGUAUGAGAACUAUAAACGUUAUCGCUCUCAGAACCCCGGACCCUACUCAAAUCAAUCAUUUUUGAGAUGGGUUAGGUAUGGUGGGGAAGAUAGGCAGAACUUUAGUUGGAACAAUGAUACUCCCAACCAGAGUGCUGAAGAUUAUUGGAGGCAAGGCAGCAGAAGAGGAAGAAGGCUCUAUCGCAAAAGUGUAAAGAACGUAUUUAUAUUUUAAUGCAUAAAGGUUCUAAUAGUGAUACUGUAUACAUUUAUUAAGUAAACUUUUACUCAAA